UGUCAAAAUUACUUGUUCAUGCGUGUAUGAUAUGUAUUAUGUACAUAUAUGUCUGUAAUUAGUAAAAGUAAAAUCAUCGCAUAAAUAAAGCGACGAAUGCCAAAUGUCAUAUAAAAUGGCUUUAUUUGAAGUAUUUUACUACGUUACAUAUUAAUUAUGUGGUAUAUUAACGAGUAAGAAAGAGAGAGAAAUCUUUGCGUAUAACGGCUCUUUCGUGCAUCUUUUACUUUGCAGCUUUCAAGUAUGUUUUGAAAUAAAGAUGCCAUCUGAAACAAAUGCUAUGGGCAGUAUUUCUAAGCAAAAAGAAGAUAAUGAGAAAUCUAAUGAACAAUCUAUUACAUUAAUGACUUUAAAUACUACGAGUCCAGAAUCAAGUGUAUCUACAAAACAAUUAGACAAUGAUCUUGCAAAUGUUAAUAGCGAUAAAGUAUCUACAUCAGAUCAUCAGAUCAAAAUUAAGAGCUUAAAUUCAACUGAAGAUACACUUUCAUCUACUAGCUCUAUAACGACAAAUGAUUCACUAGAUAGUAUAUGUCCCAAAAAUAAAAUAAUAGAUUCAGAACAUGAUAAUAAAAAUAUAUCUUCAAAAAUUAUAGAAACUAAUACAUCAAUAUUGGUAAAACAAACUGACGAAAAUAAUGAUGCAAAUACCACAUGCAACAAUAUAAUAGAAAACUCUAGUCAAAAGUCAAUUUCUCUCGCUCACAAAAACCUAUCUAGAAAGAAAUGCUUGUUAACAGAGAAUAUUCCUGAAAUUUCUAGCACUUCAGAAUUAACAAUAUGCUCUGACGAUUUCUUAAAUGGGAAAGCUUAUAAUUGUGAGAAAAGUCACAAUAUUGUUGAGAUAGAAGAAUGUGACCAUGAACCAAAUGCAAGGAAUUUAUGUAAUAAUGAUGAUAAUGAUGAUGAUAGUGAUAAUGAUAAUGAUGAUGUAGCAUUAAAUGCUAAACACAAAGUAGUAAAAGAAACAGCACUUUUGCAUACUUGUAAACAGUUGUCUUUAGAAUACAAUGAUUCUGCUACAAAUUAUAAUAGUCUUACAAAUAUGUUAUUAAAAACAUCUAGCGAUAAUACGAAAGACUCAAACAUUGACUGUGACAUUAACUUAUCAACAGAUGAAUUAACAUUUCCGCCUUCACAUAAGUCUAAAAAAAAAUUAUCAAAUUUACAAAAUGCUUCAUCAACCUCGGCAGAUUAUAAUGACGCGAUUGAUGCAAAAGUAUCUUUAAAUCUAUUAGAGAAUAAUAAUAAGAGUUCACUUGAAAAUAUAAUUGAUGGAAAUGAAUCAUCCAUCUCAUCUGAACUUGUUUGUAAAGAAAUGGCAAUGUCGCAAAGGUGUACUUCCUCGUGUUAUAAUGAUUCUGCAAGCACAAGUAAGCCAUUUAAACUGCCAAUUUUAAACAAGAUGUCCAAUACUGCCAAUAUUCAGCAAUCUGAAGUCGAGGAAAAUGCAGUAGCGCUUGUGGCGUCAUCAUUUACCGAACAAAACCAGUUGGAAGUAGUUCGUUGUUUAGAUUUGGAACCUCGUUCGUCAAAUAGUAGUGAAGAAAGUAACUCAGAUUUAGAAUCCCAUCAUGCAAGUACAAGUCAUGGCGAUAUUAAAAAAAGACAAUGCAGACCUAAUGGGAUUAUAACAAAAGAAGGAGUAGAAUAUUAUCAGCUAUGGCGUAGCACAGGUGGUCAUUCAUUUCCUGAAUCUUUGUACGAAACUCUGUAUCCAAUGCCACCACCACUUCCACCAAGAGCAGCGCAUCGGCCAUUACAUAGAAGUAAUGCUUUACCAAGUGGAGCACCAGAAUUACCUAAACGACCUCAGAGGCAACCAUUACUCCCUCAGGAUUGUUUUGGAUUUGAAAUUGUAGACGUUGAUGAAGCUUCGAAUCUUAAGUUGAGAACAGCGGUUACAAAGAGUAUUGCGUUAUUGAGCUCUCCGAGAUCGCACAGACAACGAGAGAGACCAGAUUCGGCACAAUUGGAAUGUCCGCCUACGCCAACGCAUCGACCCAAACCUUUAUGUCCAUUACCUGUAUGCCAAACAUCAAAUGUAUCUUUAUCAUCAGAAGAACCUUUGCCUCCAUCAUGGGAAGCGAGGAUAGAUAGUCAUGGUCGAGUGUUUUACAUAGAUCAUAUUAAUCGUACUACGACGUGGCAGAGACCAAACUUGACGACACAUAACACUGGCUGUGAUCUACGAAGACAACAAUUGGACAGGCGUUAUCAGAGUGUACGGCGAACUAUUUCACGCCCCGAUAAUAUUGAUCGGGAAGUUAACAAUUCAAAUGGCAAUCCUUUUGAGAACAUUGAACGACAGAAUGAAUCUCGUACUGACAGGAGCGAAUGCGAACCAUUCGACAUUGCUACAAUACCGCCAGUGUUAUUUUUAACACGGCCCGAUUUUUUUACUGUGUUACAUACCAAUGCAGACGCUAUGGAGUUAUACAAUCGUAAUCCAAGUUUAAAACAUAUGGUCAGCAGGGUUAGAAGAGAUCCGAUAGUUUUUCCAAGAUACGAACACAAUAGGGAUUUAGUCGCCUUAAUCAAUUUUUUUGCCGAUUCAAGCAAAGAACUCCCAAGAGGAUACGAAUCAAAGCUUGAUAGGACGGGUAAAAGAUUUUUCAUAUGUCACGCUAGAAAAGCUACAUCUUUCAUCGAUCCACGGUUACCUACGGAAGCUGCUCAUGCACGUGCGUUAUUGGACGAAGCUCCCGUUCCACCGCCUAGACCACAGCAAGCAUCUGUAACUGCUACUCCCGAUAUACCCGUGGCCUACAACGACAAAGUAGUCGCUUUUCUACGUCAGCCUAAUAUAAUGGAUAUUCUAAAAGAAAGACAUUCCGCAGUAGGACAGAAUAUUGCGCUUCGUGAAAAGAUUAAUACUAUAAGAGUCGAAGGAACUGCAGCAUUACAAAGAUGGGGUCACGAUGUCCCUUUAGCAUUAUUGCUAAGUUUGUUCGAGCAAGAAAUAAUGUCAUAUGUACCUGGUAGUAUGGGUAGAUCUCCACUUGGCAGCCCACAUGCAUCACCUGGACUGACAAGAGCUUCCGCUAGAGCUCCAGCACCAUACAGAAGAGACUUUGAAGCAAAGCUUCGAACAUUUUACCGAAAAUUGGAAAGCAAAGGUUAUGGGCAAGGACCGGGUAAAUUAAAAUUACACAUCAGGAGAGAACAUUUACUCGAAGAUGCUUUUACGCGCAUAAUGGCCGCAUCGAAGAAGGAUUUGCAGAAAGGUAAACUGGUAGUCAUUUUUGAUCACGAAGAAGGGCUGGAUUACGGCGGACCGUCCCGAGAAUUUUUCUUUCAUUUAUCGCGCGAAUUAUUCAAUCCUUAUUAUGGAUUGUUUGAAUAUUCAGCCAACGAUACUUAUACAGUGCAAAUGUCGCCAAUGUCAGCUUUUGUGGACAAUUAUCACGAUUGGUUCAGAUUUUCUGGCAGAGUUUUGGGUUUAGCAUUAGUUCAUCAGUAUCUGCUUGAUGCAUUCUUCACGAGGCCGUUUUAUAAGGCCCUUUUAAGGAUACCGGCGAGUUUGAGCGAUUUGGAAAGUUUAGAUCAAGAGUUUCAUCAAAGUCUAAUGUGGAUCAAAGAAAAAGACAUCAGUAUCGAGCCAUUAGAAUUAACUUUUUCAGUAACGGAGGAACUUUUGGGGCGAGUCGCCGAGCGCGAGUUGAAACCAGGUGGGAGAAAUAUUGCGGUCACUGAAAAGAAUAAGAAGGAGUAUCUGAGAGUAGUACGUUGGCGUCUUGAACGUGGCGUUGCUGAACAAACAGAAUCACUGGUUCGUGGCUUUUACGAAGUGGUGGAUCCACGUUUAGUAUCCGUUUUCGAUGCUCGCGAAUUGGAGCUAGUUAUCGCGGGUGCUGCUGAAAUCGAUCUUAACGAUUGGCGAACGCAUACCGAAUAUAGAAGUGGUUAUCACGAUGCGCAUCCGGUAGUGGAAUGGUUCUGGAGCAGCAUAAGCCGAUUUAGCAACGAACAACGUUUAAGAUUAUUGCAAUUUGUUACUGGCACUUCAAGUAUACCUUACGAGGGGUUCGCGGCUUUGCGAGGAUCCACGGGACCGAGGAAAUUCUGCAUCGAGAAAUGGGGCAGGCCAAACAGUUUACCAAGGGCUCAUACAUGUUUUAAUCGCUUGGAUCUUCCACCUUAUCCUACGCCCGAGAUUUUAUACGAAAAGUUGCUGUUGGCCGUGGAGGAGACAAAUACAUUUGGUAUAGAAUAAAGAUAAUUUUAUAAUGCGAAUUGGAUUUACAAUUAUGAAAAAUUUGUACAGUUGAUAGAAUGUGCAUUAUUUUGCAUUUUCUGCUAAAAGAAUUUUAUAUAGGCCUAACAGCUUACAUAUUAAGAAUUGUGCAAUUCAUUAUACUAAUUCUAUUUAUUCACAUUGGUUAUAGAAUGUAAAUAAUUGAACAAUUUACAAUCUUUCAGAAUUUUUGAUCAGAUAAUGUAAUAUUCAUUUUGUGUGCGAAAAGGAAAAACUAAACAUUUUUCUCUUCAAACUUUCAUCAAUUUUUUAGAUGACUAUUAACUCUCUAGAAAUUUGCACUCUUGUUCAUGCAAUUAUACAUUGAGAUCUCACAAAUCUCACAUCUUUUCUUCUUCUGACUUACUGUUAUUAGAACAGAGAAAAUUCUAUUCUCUCCUUCUCUUUCUCCCCUGUUUCUUCCUCUUUUUCUUCUUUUCUUUUUCAGAUUUUAAAGCAUAUAUUUAUAUAAUAUAUUUAUAUAAUAUAUUUAUAUAAUAUAUUAUUUAUAUAACUAAAGAUAAUAAAUCGUACAUUAAUUUUAAUAAUAAUAAAGAUUUUUAAGAUGAUUAUAUUUCUUCAACUUCUAUGGCAAUUUUUAUUAAAGAAAUCAGUUUAGAUAAAUAUAAAAGAAAAUGUAAUGUUAUUUCCAUUAUAAUUACCGCUCUAUUGCUGAGACUAUCAAUACUAAUUAUUAAUAUGACUAUUUAAUAUUGCUUACAUACUAUUACUACUAUUACACUAUUACUAAUACUGUGUGCUAAUCAUGAUAUUAUCAUAUUAUCAUUGUUAUCAUUAUUAUUAUAAUUAUUGUUUUUGCUUAUAGUCGCGCGGAUCUCGAUGUAAUAUUAAAGAUUAUAAUUUUACAUAGAUUACAUAGAUACUUAUUUAUAACUUUGUUAAUCGAAUUUCAUAUCAUACAUUAAAUAAAUCUCAAUUUGCUCCAAAAUUAUAUUUGUUUCUAUUAUCGCUAUUUCGUAUGUAUUAUAUACAUUGAGAUCCGAGUAUGCUACUGUUGGAAUAGUUUUCAAUUAUAUGGCCAUCACCAGUUUCUCUCUAAUCCACAAACUAAAAUUUCACAUACAGCUACCUUUUAAUAUAUUUUAACAUUCCGAGGAUUGUUAUUAGUCAUACUUAAAAAAAUUUAGAGAGCAAAUGUUUAUGCAAAAUAUAAAUAUCACAUCUAUGCAAAUUGUUUAAAAGCUUAUUAAAAAGAAGCACUUUUAUCUUAUUUCUUCUUUUUGCUUAAGUACAAGAUAUUGUCUAGAGAUUCUUUGACAACUUUUGCACAUAGUGAAACAGACAUUAAGAAAUAUCAUCACAAUUCAUACACGAGAAUCAUAGACUUAUUACAAUAACUUUUGCAAAUAACAAACAAUAACUAUGCAAAUAUAUUAUUUAUUAUUAGAUCGAUAUACAUAGAUACAUAAAUAUACACAUACAUGCACACAUACACAUGUAUCAAACAAAAAUUAUGUAUUUGUACAGCUGUCAU